AUGCAAAUUUCCGCGUUCAACUCUCCUCCAUGGGCCUUUUUCCCUUCGCGACUUCCGAGGCGAGUUGAACGCAGGAAUUUUAUUCUAGGUCAUAAUGGAAGAUCAAUACCAGCACCCAACUAUUGUUCAGAAGGUAGCCAACCAGCUAUAUCUGCGUUCCAAGCCACCAAGGAUCUGUCAUUGAUUUCAGCAAAUGUUUCGCCUGUGUUUGUCCAGGCUCCCUCAGAAAAAGGCUUUGUUGGCUUUGCCAUUGACUUUCUCAUGGGUGGAGUUUCAGCCGCUGUGUCAAAAACUGCUGCUGCCCCUAUUGAACGUGUGAAGCUUUUGAUCCAAAAUCAAGAUGAAAUGAUUAAGGCUGGUAGGCUUUCUGAACCAUACAAAGGAAUUGGUGAUUGUUUCAAGAGAACAAUGCAGGAUGAAGGUUUUGGAUCACUGUGGAGAGGAAACACUGCUAAUGUCAUUCGUUACUUUCCUACUCAGGCCUUAAACUUUGCAUUUAAGGACUACUUCAAGAGGCUUUUCAACUUCAAGAAGGACCGCGAUGGCUACUGGAAAUGGUUUGCUGGUAACCUUGCAUCCGGUGGUGCUGCUGGUGCUUCCUCACUAUUCUUUGUCUACUCCUUGGACUAUGCUCGUACACGACUUGCAAAUGAUGCCAAGGCCGCAAAAAAGGGAGGAGGUGGGAGGCAGUUUGAUGGUUUGGUCGAUGUCUACAGAAAGACCCUGAAAUCUGAUGGCAUUGCCGGGCUUUACCGUGGAUUCAACAUAUCUUGUGUUGGUAUUAUCGUUUACCGUGGUUUGUACUUUGGAAUGUAUGAUUCUUUGAAGCCUGUGUUGCUGACUGGAAAGUUGCAGGAUAGUUUCUUUGCUAGCUUUGCCCUCGGUUGGCUAAUCACGAAUGGUGCUGGUCUUGCCUCUUAUCCAAUUGAUACCGUUCGUAGAAGAAUGAUGAUGACAUCAGGGGAAGCCGUGAAGUACAAGAGCUCGAUGGAUGCAUUUACUCAAAUCCUCAAAAACGAGGGUGCAAAAUCUCUGUUCAAGGGUGCUGGUGCAAACAUCCUUCGUGCCAUAGCGGGCGCUGGUGUGCUUGCGGGUUAUGACAAGCUUCAGAUGAUCGUUUUGGGGAAGAAAUAUGGCUCAGGUGGUGCCUAA